GGAGGAGGCGGCUGCUUCGCCCUGCAGCUGCCACCGCCGGAGAUGUUUGGGGAUUACGUCAGCCUGGCGGGCAGGGGCCGCGGGGACAGCGCGGGAGGCGGGCUCCCGCAGGCCUCCCGCCGCCAGGGCCUCUGGACAAUGCUGCCAUUGUCGGUGCACGGAGUGCUUAGCUCCCCAUGAAUGGUGCACGGGCCUCUUGACCAAGGAGGCCGCCUGUAGCCCCAACUGUCCCCUCACAGGCAGGGAGGCCCUGUGCGGUGGGAAGGACUGUUUGUGGACUGCACCGGUCUGUCCCUCAGAAGGGGCCACCGGCAGGAAAAGCAGAACUGAGCUCAGGCCCCAGAGAGGUUGCUGUUGCUCCAGCAUGGCUUCCUGGCUUGGGGACACCGUUGGCCCUGAUCCACUCAUGAUGCUCCUGGUUAUCAUCCUCCUGGUGCGCUUCAUUCUGUGGUCCUGUCUGGGGACCUAUAUGGACUACAGGCUGGCCCGGCGUUAUCCUGACAAACCCAAGGAAGAGUAAGCAGUGAGGACCAGUGGAGACCAACCCAGGAGGUUUUUACUGUGACUGUAUCAUCCCUCUGUCCAUUGGGUACCACAGACGCCUUCGUGCAGGACACCUUUGCUCCCCUGCCACGCCUCUCCAGCGCUGCACCCAUGAGCUCUUCAGCUUGGGUUAACCUCCCUAGUCCUUCACUAGCCUGGCAGGGAUACAAUACUUAGUCCUACCCACUGUGCAGAAACCCUGCACAGAAGAAACAGCAGGGUCAGAGAGGCCCCAGAAGCUCUUAGAUUAGUGAGAAUUGUCCCACUUGGGCUGUCAAAGCAACCCUUCUUACCAGGUUCUCGCCCCCAUGGCAGUGUGUGCCCCAGGAAAUGCCUGGCC